AUGCCGCCUGCUGCACCCCCAGGCUGCGAGGGUGACGUGUGGGACCGCGAGAGCUGCGGGGGGCAGGCGGCGAUGGAGAACCCCAACCUCUGCCUGCGCCUGCGCUGCUGCUACCGGGACGGGGUCUGCUACCACCAACGGCCCGACGAGACCAUGCGGCGGAGACACCUGUGGGCGCUGGGCUGGACGUGCGGUGGGCUGCUCCUUCUCAUCUCCACCAUAUGCAUGUUCUGGUGGGCCAAGCGCCGGGACAUGCUGCACAUGCCUGGCUUCCUGAAGAGCCAGUGCCACAGCCUGAAGUCAGUGUCGCUGCUGUCCAAGAGCAAGGGGUCGUCCACCACCCAGAAGAAGACGUCGUCGAUGGGCAGCAUGAGCGCCUCGCAGCGCCCCGAAAGCGUCAUGGAAGCCUCUGUGGCGGCGGAGGGCGUGGGCGACGCCGAGGAGGAGGAGGAGGAGGAGGACUAG